GGGGAUGAUUUUGUUGAGUGUAAAUGUGAAAUCUGAUUAUCCUCUAUGCUCUCAGCUCGGAGGAGGGAGGAGGGCUGGAGAGAGAGAGAGAGGGAGAGAGGGAGAGAGAGGUUGGCUGGAGGAGAGAUUCAGAUGGGAAGGAGGGGUUAAGAUAGCAAUGUGCUGAGCCAAUGGCUUUUCCACAGAGCAGCUGGCUGGCAUCAGGACAGGACAGGCCGCUCAGAGGAAGGAUACCUUGAGGACGGCUCUUCUCCGCUCGCUGUAGAACACCGAGGGUGACUUCCAGGAGGUGUUCAUGGGAUGCACUAUCUACGCAGCCAGCCCUAAGGCCCUGCCCGCCGACGAGGCCCCAGGCCAGGACAGAUACUACCAGCUCCCCCACUACCGCCACCCUCAUGGUAACUGCAGUCAGAGGAUAGCAGCCAGCAGAGCCAGGGCCAGGAGCAUGACUGAGCAGCAGGAGCAGAGCGAAGAAACAGGCCUGCUCUCAACACAGGACCUGGAACCCUCCAAGGACGAUGACACACACGGCCACUUCAGGUUUCAGCUGAUUGAAGACCUGUCCUAUGAAGAUGUGAAGAAAUGUUACCGUGGCUCAACUGUCAGCAAGUACAACUCGCAGUACCACAAAUUGUUCCAGUGCGUGCCCAAGGAUGAGAUCCUCAUGAAAGUGUACUCCUGUGCUCUUCUCAGAGAUAUCCUUCUACAAGGCCGACUCUACAUUUCCAGAAACUGGCUGUGUUUCUAUGCCAACCUCUUCGGCAAGGACAUUAAGGUGGCUAUUCCUGUCGUUUCUGUGAGGCUGGUGAAGAAGCACAAAACAGCGGGACUUGUGCCCAAUGGCUUGGCUAUCACCACAGACACCGGCCAGAGGUAUGUAUUUGUAUCUCUGCUAUCAAGAGACAGUGUAUAUGACGUCCUCCGCAGGAUCUGCACACACCUACAGGUCAAUGGGAAGAGUCUGAGCUUGAAGCAGUUCAUGGAGGAGCCGACCUUAUCGCUGGACGAGUUCCCGGCUCCAGACGAGUUCCCAGUGGUUGACGAAUUCCCAUCAGUGUUAAAGUGGAGAAGGAAACCCUCCGUUGUGUCUGUGUCCUCCUCCCUUCCUGACCUCCUGGGGAACUCCACCAGCAGCCUGAGCCCCACAGACACACCUUUCAAAUCAGAACAGCUGCUGGAAGAGCGAGCUCUACAAACAGACAGAGGUCUUUUAUCAGAGCCAGUGGCAGAGCUAGGCCAGAUGGAGUACCAGCUGCUCAAGUUCUUUACCCUGCUUAUUAUUCUCCUCAUCCUGUCAUCGUGCUACUUGGCCUUUCGUGUGUGCAGUCUGGAGCAGCAGCUGUCCUUCCUAAGUAACCCAAACCUGCCCCUGAGAGAGAGGUAACCACUGCUCUCUGCUGUAACCGACCGGAUCGGCUGCUGUUCACUUUUCUCAUGCUUUGAGUCAAUGAUGCCCCCCCCUCCUGCACACAUCCAGGACCAGCUUGAGAGCCCCAGGAAAGAUCAACAGGCCGCAAAACAUGAAGGAGUAACAUCAACCCGAGUCCAGGCAUCUUACAGACCUUCUCUCCGUGGAAUGAGUUCCUACAUAGUGAUCACUUCCAGACUAUGCAAACAGACUAUUUAUUCCUGAUUUUAAAGUAGGUUUUACUGUAGAUUAUGAUUGUCUACCAUGGCCUAUCCCUCUCAUAGACAGUUCAUCUUUAACCUCAUGACUCUGCAGUUUAAAAAAGCUCUUUACCUUAAAAUGUGUGUAGGCACUGAUAAAGUUUAGGAGUAGUGAUGGAGGGAGGUGUUGGGGGACGGAAAGGUAAGAGAUAAUUCAACACAUUAAUUACUUGAAAAGAGUGAUAGUAAAGAUAUUUCAGGUCUGA